GUUGAUGCAAUAUGCAGGCAUGCCUUUGGUGCAUCAAUCUCCACAAACUUUUCCUGACAAUUUUAUAGUAGAGUCACCCACCCUAGAGUUCCAUAUGAAUGUAGAUAUGAGGGCUGUUUUUACAUUACUGAGGCCUGCUCCCGGAAAUUGGUACAUCAUAGCUUUUAAAGAAGGCUAUUCCACAGCAAUACAGCUGAAGGUAAAUUAUUUUCAUUAAAAUUUUAUAUUUAAAUUAGAAAAUAUAUAUGGUCUGGUUUUAUGCUUUGAUAUGCCAAGUUAUUUUUAAAAUCCAGUCACCAUUCUAGAAAAACAAAGCUUAAAAACAUGGUCAAAACAGACUAUGAGAGCUCAUUCUCAAUGUUAAAGCUAUAUAUUUUAAUUUUAACCCUCUUAAGACAGAGCCUGUUUGGACUGUCUGUGUCAAGUAGACUGAGCUCUUUUCACUAGCCCUGCACUUACUUUGCAAAAAAAAUUAUAGAAAAUAAACUACCUGGUAAUUACUUUCCAAGCAUAAAAUUAAAUAUAUUCUUGCUGGGAUCUGAAUGAACUAAUACAAUCUUUUUGAAUCAAACUGAAAUCUCAACGUUUUUGCAAAUUGGAUGUCCUGAUUUGCAUAGUUUAUGCAUGCAUUUUUUUCUACACUAAGAAUAACCAGGUCUUACUUGCAGAAUUUUGGUACAUUUUACGAUUGUUGAAACCUUAAUAGAUCCUAACAUCCAUUUGAAUGUGAUUCAAUGUGUAACAACUGCAUAAAAUAUUCCCCUGGGGCUGCUUAUGCCUUUUAGCAUAUUUCAAGUUCACAUUUUUAAAUAAUUUAUAGGGGUCACUAGGUAAAACAUUUUUUUUAUAUAAAAUGACUGAACACUGUAAUCCAUCAAUGGAAGAAGCCCCUAUAAUAAAAUGGCGAGAUAAGGAUAAAAUAAGAGAAUCAAUCUGAUUAGCUGGUACAAAGACCAGCCAGCCAAUCUGGAGGCUUUUAUUAUUUGGGCUAUAGAUCUGCCUUUUGUCUUUUUCACCAUAACACUCUGGGCCAAUCGACCUAGCCAUCUCAAGAGGGUUAAAAACAUACAAAUUGGCUAUACAACCGUAACUUUUUUUUCAACGUGAAGUCGACAUGGACACUUUUUGGGAUAGUAACAAUUUAUCAUGAUUUAACAAGAUUGAUGCAGAAUCCUUUAACCUGGAAAGAACUGGGAACAUCUAUUUUAAAAAAAAAAAAAUAUAUUUAUGAACAUUUGUAACAUUUUCUGUUAUCAAAAACCUUGGGUGUUGAUUAAACAUUAGAGCUGAUUGUGUUUUCUUUAUUUUCCUCUUUUCAGGGUCUCAGUUCAGAAAAAGAUUGCCUUUACUCUUUAAUGACCCAACUAGAAUUGGGAGACUCAAUCGAGUCAACUUUAAUCAGCUAUAACACAAAUGUGUCAGCUGAAAUUGGAUUAACUGCCAAAGUCUUCAGGUAAAAAAACAAAAAAACCAAACAAACUAAAAUUCCAGUACCGGGUAAUUACUUUUCUUUAACACUUCAUAGUAUACGUGACAAGUUAUCCCACUCCACCCGAUCUCGUAAGACUGUUCCUUUAUGAAAUGCUGGAGUAAGUUACCCCUUUUUGUUAUGACGCACAAAGCGAUGGCACAUUGUUGUAGAGGUUUUGUUAUUAAUUACUGAUUGCGUCUCUCAGAUUUAAGUUCUAACACCAGUGGGUACAGAUUUCAAGGAUUUACUAAGCUAGGGAUGUGCCAUGUAUCACAGGAUAUCUUUUUUUGAUGUCAAAGUAAUCGGACAUUAUAAAUGAAAUGGGAAGUUUUUUUAGGGUGUACAAUGAUGAUUAAUAACUCAGCAAAACAAAAGAAAUUAUUCAGAUGUCUUGCCUGGGCUUUCUUUAAAUAUUACUAUUUACCAGACAUUAUCUGUCUUUAAGUACUGCAUAAGCAAUUCUCAUUAAACAGGACCAUGGAAGUUGUGAGCUCAUCUCUAUGCGCCUGAAAGCAUACCUGGUCACUCUUACUGUUUUGGCGCACAAUAAUGAUUUUUGAGACGUCUUUUAUGAUUGAACACUGAGCUAGGAUUUUAAGAGACCAGGGUUAAAAUAUAUAUUCCAGUAGUUUGAACGACCUUUAAAAAAAAAAAAAAAUCUAUUUUGUUUCGUUGAGUGGACAGAGAAAAGUGAUUUGUUAGAAACAAUCAAUAAAUAUAUUACUUACUUGAGCACUGAGAGGAUAAAAGGGGAGGGGGGGCUGUGGUGGUGUUCACUAAGGAGUCUACGGGUGUGCAGGGGGGGGGUAGAGGGAGGUGUCUAAAUGUUUUUGAAGACCAUAAAAUGACACCAGCUUGUUCCAGCUUGUUCCAUGAUUAUUUUAAUGAACAUCAUAUUGUUGUUUGUUUGUGUUUUCACAAUGCAUUUGUUAGAUAUGGCAACAUUAAUAUUAGCAGAUAAUUUUUUUCAUUUUUGGGCUGAACUGCGCCGUUUGCGAAAAUGGAGAAACCUACAAAUUUUAUGUUUAAAAUGGAUCCUAAACUACUCGUGACAGUAGCAUUAGAUUUUGACAUAUUCUUCAAGAUCUAGUAAGCUGCAUUUGAAAUCUAGUCACUAACCUGAUGUGCAAUUUUAAUACACCAGUUUUGUUCCAGCACUUCUCUUUCCUUUUCCCAAUAUAGCUUGCAGUAGUUAUUAGACUACAAUAUGUUAAGUGAAAAUAAAUCAGGCUCAUAGGGUUAAUGCAGUGGUGGCUGACUCGCGACCGUUCAUGUUAAAUAGCUUGGCUCACCGGAUGUAUCACAAAUGAACUUAUUUUUUCAUACAGUUAGUGAUUAUUUUCAUUCUUGGCACAAACACACAUUUGAAUUGUGUAUACAUCAAUUUUUUGUGACAGUACGUUCACAUUUGAUGUAACUGUCCUUCUUGUGACUUAUUUUUAAAAAUCAGAUUAAAAUAUUUAAUCUCAAAUCUUGUAAAAUUAGAAAACAAUUUUGCUAUUUAGUGACUACUAAAAUUAAAAGAGUUAUAUAAACACAGUUGAAGGGAACCUAGUUUUGCACAAGCAUUCUGAUUAAGUGAAGAAUAGUGCAAAACUAGGUUCAGUUAUCCCAAAAGUGCAUUCAUGCUUUUGAAUUUUUGCUCGAGGGUGACUUUGGCAGGUGUCCUUGAGGCUAGCUCCCCCACAUUAUCUUCAGCUAUCAAAAGGGAAGUGACUUGCACCUUUUCUUUGCAAUAGAAAUACAAAUAAACAUAUAAAUGUCUGUUAUCUACUUUGGGGAAGUGACCUUUUUAUACAUAUGUGAAUAGUUAUUGAAUAUGUUAUACUGCAUGUUCAUUUAUUAACUAUUGUAAUAUCAUACCAUUUUUGAGAGGGCACGGUACAAUUCUGAAAUGAUAUUUUACUAUUUUGCCAGUUGCUAAAUUGUUUUUUUUUUUUUUUUACAAACCUUUCAACCAGAAAAAAAAAAUACACUAAUAAUCAAAGAUUAUUCUUUAAACUUAACAUUUAUCUAGGGUUAAAUAAAAAAUAAAUAAAAACCUUGCAAAAAAAUUCACCAAUUUUUUUUUUUUGGCAGUUUUUUAAUUUUUUUUUUUUUUUUUUUUACAAACCUUUCAACCAGAAAAAAAAAAAUACACUAAUAGUCAAAGAUUAUUCUUUAAACUUAACAUUUAUCUAGGGUUAAAUAAAAAAUAAAUAGAAACCUUGCAAAAAGAUUCACCAUACGCUAUUUUAACUCUCUGCCCAAAUUUUCUUAUUUCUAUUUAGUUUUAAAGUGCCAAGCAAAACCUACGGCUAUACAGUUAACAUCACCAGCUGUCAGUCUCCCGCGUGCAACAUCAGCAUGACUUAUCUUCCUGCUUUGAGAGACCCAAUCACCCAACACUGUGACACAUUACCAUGUGUUUUGUCAGUAUCAUCUCCCUCUUUUGAUCACCUCCAAAUGAUUGAAAUGCAUUCCCUGGGUCCGGGCGUUUCACAGACGAUAGAGUUUUCAGUAGUCAUAAAAGGUAAUGUGAGAAAAAAAUAAAUAGUUAGACUAAUUUAUGUUUGUUUUUAUAAUGUGAAUCUAAUCUUUUAUCAUCAAUAAUUGGCCCACAAAAAAAAAAGUCUUUUUUAACAAAGUAUUUUUGCUUGAUAACUCUUAUUCACAGAAUGCUCUUCAGUGACUGAUACUCUCCAAAAGAAGUGUGUCACCUUUCCUCUCCUGGACAGGGUUCAGCCCCUGCAUCAGUUUAAUACAUACUUUGGUUAUGUGACCCCCAACAGCGUGGGACUCUCUGUGGAUUUGAGAGCUGCUCCUGUGGUAACAAUCCCGUUUAAAAUGAUUGACCCGGCGGAUAUUGGAGGUACCCUGAAGUGGACAGGAAAGCUGGUGAACUAUACACACGUAGGUGGUCAGGUGUCUUCUAAUUGCGCACAGAUAUGUUAACAUAAAUCUUGCAAAGUGAGACUUUAAUGAUUUUCCAGGCUAUAGUUUAUUAUAUUCAAUGAGUGCAGCUGGAUGUGCUGCUUAGAGGUUUCCCAUGUCGUGAAGAAAUUAUGAUGUCUUUUUACAAAAUUCUAUUAUUAUUAUUCCUUACGCUUUGAAACAUUAAAUUGCUGAGCUUACUACCAACAGAAAAAUUUGAGUCAACAAACUAACUAGAUUACACAAUUCCAUUGUUACGAUUGUGUCAUCAAAAGAUUUAACAUCACACAACUUUGGACAAUUUCUGAGACAUUUUCCAGCUUCCAGUGAUUUAAAAUUGCAUUUCAAAUCUCUCCCACUUGCUUACUUACUUGCUUAUGCCUUAUACCCCAUCUGGGGCAUACGCCGCUUGCAAGAAUUUUCCAUUCAUCUCGGUCCUGUGCUUUUGUUUCCAGGCGUAUCCCAUACUUUGUAUGUCUGCCCUCUCUAGCUCACGGCUCCAUGUAAUUUUAGAUCUUCCUUUCUUUCUUUUUUCACGUGGAUUCCAUGUUAGGGACUGUCGGUUGAUGUUAUCUCGGGGUUUAUAAAGAGUGUGCCCUAUCCACCUCCAUCUUUACCCUAUCCACCUCCAUCUUUGCCCUAUCCACCUCCAUCUUUUCCUUAUGAUCUCUUCAACACUAGGCUCCUGGUAUGUCCUUUCCAGUAAAUCUUUGUUGAGGAUGGUGUCCAGUAUCUUUCUAAGGCAAGUGUUUUUGAAGGUCUGUACAUUUUGCAUGAUGCUCACUGUUCUUCAAGUUUCAGCUCCAUAGAGUAGGACUGUUUUGAAAUUUGUGUUGAAAAUUCUGACUUUGGUUUGUCCUUUGACUCAUAUAUUUUCUUUAAUAGCACAAAUGCUGACCUAGCCUUUCCAAUUCUAGCCCUGACAUCAGCUUCUGAUCCACCAGUUCUGUCAUUGGUGCUGCCUAGUAUGUGGGGGACUCCAGUGCAUUUCCUGGCAGAGAGAUAUGCUCUUGGUUGGCAUAAAUCUUUGUCUUGCUUUUAUUUAUAUUGAGUCCGAGCUGUGCUUAAAUGGUUUUGUCUUUUCCUGCAUUUGUUGCUGGUUGUUAAAUAGAAGUGCAAUAUCGUCUUCAAAGUCUAGAUCAUUCAGUUGUUUCCAGAGUGUCCACUGUAUCCCGUUCCUCUUUUUGUCUGUGGAUUUUUUCAUUAUCAAGCCAAUGUCAAGGAUGAGUAGAAAGGGGGACAAGAGACAUCCUUGUCUGACUCCUAUUUCCACUUAAUAUGCAUCAGUGAGUCCACCUUCAUGUCAUUUCUUCAUAAGAACUCUGAAUGAUCCUGACUCAGACCUGUUUACUCUUACGAUUUUGGCGUACAAUGUACGAUUUUGAGGUGUAUACGUUAUAUAUACUGUAUGUUUAUUUUUACUACUAUGAUUAUGUAUUGAACAAUUUUGUGAUGAUAUUGUACGAUUUUAAGAGUUUGAGGGUAAACAGUUCUGCUGACUAGUUUUCCUGGUCCCCAUAAUGCUGUCAAAGUUUCCACAAGGUUUGUGGGUCCAGGCUAUAUUUGGGGUUUGGGGGGGGCAGAGAGAGUUCCAUUCAAUGGACUGUUCUAAAAUGAUUUGUAGUGUUGCAAUUUGAUCUGUGCAUAAUCUGUCUAGAUGGAAGCCAGCCUGUUGAUCUCUUAGCUGUGGGUCAACCUGGUCCUUCAUUCUAUUCAGAAUAAUUAUGUUCAAGACCUUUCCUAGAACACACAGCAGUGUAAUUCCUCUGUAGUUUGGACAGUUGGUGAGAUCCCCUUUUCUCUGUUAUCUUAUCGACGUAUCCUUCUUUCCAAUCUUCUCUCUUCUUCCCAUAUCUUUUCAAACAAGAGGGUGCAGCAUGUUGACCUUUGUAUCUAUAUCUGCUCUCAUCAUCUGUGCUCUGAUGUUAUCCCAUCCAGAUGCUUUCCCCAAUUUGAGAUGCUUGAUAACCAGGGCUAUUUUCUGCUUAUUUGGGGCACUGUCCUCUAUUUGUAAAUGCUGGCUGUAUAUCUGGUGUGUCUGUGCGUGGAGGUCUGUUUAGUCAUUCCUUCAAGUAUUCCAUCCACCUUUUUUGUUGUUUUUUUUGCUUCUCUAUUGAUAUACAUUCCGUGUCUUUAAUCGGUCUCUCUGGAUUCUUGUAUCUUACCGAGAGCUUUCUUUUUAUGUCAUGGAGCUCUUUCAUUUUCCCUCUUUCUGGCUGCUUCUUCUGUAAAAAUCUCUACUGAUUUAAAUUAAAAUACUGAUUUAAAAACUUAUUGUAAUAUAACAACAUUAAGACACUGAUAUAUCUCAAAUAUCAUUCUCGUUACUAAUACAUGCAAACUGAGAGAAACUAACCUCUAAUUUUGACCCAAGCACAUCUGUUCCACUGUGUACAAAUUAACACAGACACUAGUUGUUUGGAGUUUAUAACUAAAUUAAUACAAAAUGUAUUGAGCUUAAUUGUUUUUAGAUACAAAAAAACAUAUUAUAUGAUUGAGAAUACUAAUUUAAAACUUAUGAUAAUUAUUUCUGCUCUUUUUGUAUAUAAAAUUUUAAAGUUCUUCUACGUUUUUUUAAAAUAUAUAUCCUUGCAGUGUCCCACAGAGAUGGGUAUAGUUCGAAAAAUCUAUAAUCAAGUAACUAUGCACACUCCAGUUGUCUUAUUUGUAUUUGUAUUGCAAUACAAUAUUUAAAAAUGAAGAACAGUUUUAAUCAACAUCAGUUUACAGUGUUACAGACCUGUUUACUUUCCAACUCUUAAAAUCGUACACUAUCCUCACAAAAUCGUUCAAUACAUUAUCUGAAUAGUAAAAAAACACAGUAUAUAUAAUAUUUAGGCCUCAAAAUCGUACAUUGUACGCCAAAAUCGUAAGAGUAAACAGGUCUGGUGUUAGUACUUCAAAGGGAAGUAUGGGCCUGGCUUUUGGCUAAUGAAAUGGUCAAUGUAUUGUUCUAUAUUUGUCACUGCUGCCCUGGUAACCCAAUGACAGCGGAUUUGGCCCGAGGAUCCUAGAUUGAGGUCCCCUGGCUUUGAUCCAUUUGUUUAAAUUUCAAUUUAACUGGGAAAUAAUGUUUCUAUAGCAUGUAAUUUUUAAAAAAAAAUUAGAUCUCUGUUUUAUUAACUACCAUGGCUUAUUCCUGGCAGGGUCUCACUGAAUAUGUUGUCUUGUGUGGAGCUAUUAUUUACAACCAUUUACCAGACGUAGACAACAACUUUGAUGUCUGCAACAAUUUGUCUGAAACUACCAAUCGAACAGUCACUGCUGUAAAUUAUGGGAAAAUAACUCAGUAUGUACCUUACCCUAAGGCUGGGAUGUGGCAUAUCGUAUUGCAAGCCAAAUGCUAUAAACAAGGAUUGUAAGUAUAAAAGUAAUUGGCAUGCAAAUUUUGUUCUUUAGGAUUCUUUUUUUUUUUUUAACACUCCCCUUUUUUUUGGUACCCUUAAAUAAUUACACAAUGUAUUACUAAUUAGAAUGCUAAAUGAAAUAAAAGUAUCUUAAGUUUUUAAUUUUAAAUUGCCACUUUUUAGAAUUUUUUUUCGUGGAUAAAUUUCUAUUUCUUUUGAAAUGUUACAUUUUUUUCUAUUGAAAUGUGACAUCAAUUUGGGAAAGAAAAUUAAACAGCUGUUAAUUUUUUUUACAAUGUAUCAAAAUAAAUAUUUUAACAGGAAUGAAAGUACAGAGUGGUGUAAAAUAAAAAAAAAGAAAGAAAUAUCUUCAAUAAAUCUGGAAAAUAACCCAUAUAAUCAUUGUGUAUAAGUAAAGAAUAUCUGAUUGCAAACAAGGAAGAAUAAUUUUUAUUGUUUUUAUACCAUGUAGCAGUGGUUCCCAGCCUUUUUGUGACUUGUGAAGCCCUCUUUAGAAUCAAUUAUUUAUGAUAGCCCCUUAGGCCUACCAUAUGUUUUGCAAGUUAAUAGAGGUGGCCUAGAGUGGUUGCAGAACCCCUUAGAGGAGCACUGGUUGGGAACCACUGCUGUAUAGUACUUUCCAUACAUAAGAAAAUAUAUUUUUUGGUAUAAAUUCUUUUGCAGUUUUUUCCAAAUCAUGCUGAAAGACACUCAAGUAUAGCUAAAAUAAAGAAAUAUUAAAUGCUAUUUUAUUGCUUUGCUACUAAAAGUUUAAAAAUUUUAGUUCUUAAUUUAGUAAGGUUAAAAAAUCAUCAUGUAAGAUCAAAUUUUUAGUUAACACAAUAGAAAUAAGGAUUUUUAUGUUUUAAUUAUAAAUCAAAUUUUUGUCAGAUGCACUUUUGAAUACUUCCUGGUGAUUGGUUUGUGACAGAAAUUAAUGUACUGUAUUUCCUACCCCUAUUUCCUAUAAAUACAAAAAUCAUCUAAAAUCUGUUUUUCUUUUAUAGAGACACUCUGACUGUUUGCCCUCAGUCUAUUGAUUUAGACAUAGACAUUGAGACUCAAGCCUGCUUCGAGAAUGGUUGUUCCGACAAAGGAGAGUGUUACAGCUCAAAACUGGGUUCAGAUUUCGUCUUCUUCUCUGCUUGUGAUUGUUUGGCUGGUGAGGAAUUCUUUCUGUUUUUGAGUGUGAAAUUUGAACACUUGCAUAAAUCAAAGCUUUUGAACAAUGAAGAAGGUCAUAAGAAUUUACAAGAUUUUAAAAAUACGUAUAAAUCUCACUCCAACUACUGGAAAAAAAUGAAAUUCAGUUUUGAAAGUCAACAUGCAUUCAUUAUGACUGGUUGUAAAAUAUCAUUGAAUGACCUUUAACCGUUGCAACUUAAAAAAAAAAAAAAAAUGUUUUAAAUAAAAUAAAUUUACUGUAGACUGUAAGUCAGUAAUGAAAAAGAAGUUUUAAAAUGUGUUUUUUAAUACAAAAAUCAACUAGCAAUUUUUAAAAAACUCUUGGGAUAAGCAGUGUGGGGGGGGGGAAGGAAAAUUUUACAAUAUCUUACAAAAUCUCAACAUUCCCCUUCAAGUUCCCUGCCAUGGAAUUAAUAUUCACAUACUUGAUUUUUUUAAAAAUUACUCGUUAUGAUGGCAGGUUGUUUAAUUGGUUCAAUUCUUCCCGGUCUCCGGUUGUCUUGUCUGUGGUGGCUUGUCGAUUAGGAGGCGUCGGCCACCGACCCCCCUCGAUGUUACCCGGGAAACACGACCACUGGGCGCGUCCUGCGUGGGCAGACAAGGGAUGUGCUCGGUACCUGCCGUACAUAAAACAGCUCCUGGCUGCCAGUUGUGAUAUUUCCCAACUGGAACAAUAGGCAGUGACAGGGUAGGGAUCAUGAUUACAAGUUGCCGUUAAUGGAUAUGAGGCGAAGGUGGUAACCUCUGGCCGAUGAUUCUUACUACGCAGCCCUGAGAAGCUGCUCCAAGGCAACCGUUUCGUCCCAGCUGCAUCGCGAAUUAGUUGCGUUGUGGAAACCCUUUGUAGAAUCCCUCUUAUAGGGCGUCUAACGCUUCCCCGGGAUGGGUGGGGAAAAAUAAUAGGAUGUAAAAUUUUCCAUCCCGACUCCUGAGAAAGUCGAUCGUGUGCACUGUGUGCAAACACAGUAUCGGACCGACUGGGUGUCUUUGGGUUAGGACGGCACCCGGCGGAGACCUGGUCGAGCAGACUCGGGUGGGGGCUGUCCUGACAAAGGGACAUCCCCGACGUGCCGCUUCGCGGCCCGAUACCUGGUUGGGGAGGGCAUAAAGAGCGCAAGCUCGACGGCCCGCUGACGCCAUUUCUUAAUGUAAUAUAAUUGGUUCAAUUUCAAGCUUGAAUGAAUUAGCUGAACUGAUGCAUUGAAAAACUAAUCUCUAAACCAUACCAAAAAAUUUGUCUAGAUUAUCAAGGAUAUGCCUGCACUGACGACAGCAACGCCGAGUCAUCGGGAAUUCAGCUGGUGGCAGCUUUCUUGCUCACCUUGUCAAACCUCUUCUUUCUACCAGCGAUCAUCAUCGGCAUAAAACGGCGCUUCCUGGUGGAGUCAUUUGUUUUCACGUACACCAUGUUCUUUUCUACAGUAAGUGUAGGGUUUGCUCCAUAGUUCUUUUUGUUUUGACGGAAUUGGUAUGUGUCGGAGAAAGGAAGUCGUUGCAGGUUACCAUUGGGUCAUUUCUGUUUUAAUCUUGUGCCCCAGAUAUGAUUUUGAAAACCGUCUAAGCUUUAUAAGAAGUGUUAUAUUUGAUAUAUCAAAUUUAAAUUACAUGAGAGUGUUUAUCGAAAAGUGAAUCUUGUUAAACAAUUUUUGAAAAUAUUAGUAAUGGUUCAAUAAACUACAAUCGCACUUGAAAGUUUUGAAAUUUAAAAUCUAUCUUCUACUUUUAAACACAACUGCUGAAUUUUUUAAUUUUUUUUAAAUUAGAAAAUUGUAUUAGAUCUUCAUAAAGUAACCAGACAGAAAAAGCUUAAGUGCAAAAGAUCUAUUUUUUAGCCUGUUGUUGAACCAUGCAUUUUUUAAAACCAUUUUUGAAGGAUACAAUUUGGUGCAUUUGUAUUUAAAUGCUUUAAGAGCUUUAAUUUAGUAAGAUUCAUGGACAUUUGUGGUAAAAGAAAGUUAUUUUGUUGUUUUUUUCAAAUAUGUUUUGUAAAUUCUUUUAAUUCUUACAAUAAGAUUUAUAGACAAAAUUUUUAAUAGUGAACUUUUUUUUUUAAGUUGGUUUCAUGUCUGCCUGUUCAUCUAGGUUAAAUCAAAAUAUAUUUUUUCUCAUUUCUAUUGAAAAUUUUGCUGAGCUAUCACAGUAUUUUUGGUCAUUAGAAAUUUAAAAAAAAAUUAAUUAAUAUAAGAUCUUGGCGGGCCCAAAUGUUAAAGGAAUAUUGUUGAUGGAAACUGCACAUUAUUUAGCCAGGAGAUAUCUUGAAUAUCUUUAAAUUGAAAAAUGGUUUAGUAAUUGUUAGCAUAAAUCAUAUAUAGCAUAAAUCAUAUACCAUGUGAGCUAGUUUAUCACAAUAUCAAAGUACCCAUAUCAAUCCAUGGAUUUUUUAAUUUUUUUUUAAACCAAAAAUGUUGCUUCAAGGGCAUAUAAAUGACAAAUGAAACGUUGUGCUAUUAUCUCCAAAAAUUUAUUAUGAAAAACAAAUGAUGUCAUUUUAAAAAGGUAAUUAAAUAAUUACUGUUUGUAAAGUUUCUCCUGCUCUGGUAAACAUCUUGUUAUAAUAAUGUCUCGAAUAAUUAAGGGGAGACUGUGAACCAGCUAUAAAAACAGUAAAAAUAUAUUAAACCCGGCUUAAGGCAAAUCUUUCAAAAAGGACUGCACUUUAUAACAACAGCUUAUUAAAAAUGUGUCGUUUUUUGUGAAUUUAUCAAUUUAGUUUUAUACUGUCAACAAAAAAAAAUCCUUUCAGUAAAAUUAGCAUGGCAGUUUAAGCCUGUCAAUGCAUGCUUUUUUAUUUUUGCACUGGCAUUAUAUUUACCAACCAAAUGGAAUUCAAAAGAGAUACGUAUACCAGUAUGAAUCAACUUUCACAAGGAUUUGAUCAAGGAAAUAAGAAAACACAGCUUACAAUGAAUACAAUUUAAAUGAAUUGUCAGAUUCAAGUGAGGAUUAACUUUGUAAACGUUAUCUAUUUUUAAAUAGAAUGUAUAUAAGCUAAAUUAUAAUUAAGUAAAUUUAAAAUACUGGUAGCCUUAAUUAAUACAGAGUUGGAGAAAAAAUAUAUUCUAAUUUAACACAAAAUUAUGCUUCUUUAAAGAUAAAAAUAAAAUAAAAUUAAAAAAAAAAAAUAAUUAAUAUAUGUUCAAAAGCAUUCUAAGUUUCAUUCUCUAGAAAAAUAUACCUUUCUUUUACUAUCCAUAUCAUUUCCUUUUAUAUUCAGAAAUUGAGCAUUAUUUAUUUUACCUUGCUCAUUUAGCAUCCACUCUCAGAUAGACCAUUGGUCAUUUCUAAGGAGCUAUUUAACAUCAUACUUGAAACGUUCAGUGGCAAGAUUUAUGUGCCGAUGGUUCCUGAUGAUGAUUCACUCCUAACGAUCAGAAACAUGUAUAUUUUUUUAUAACUUUCAAAAUCAUGUGCAGUUAAGCUUAAGGCCUCAGCUGUAAGAAAGUACUGACAGUUCGGGAUUUGUUCCAACUUGACAACUGUGGCUGAAAAACUUGGUCAGAUGUUAAGGUUUACAACAAUGAUGAGAUUGUAUUCGACAUGUUAAAUUUACAACAAAAAAAAAAAUAUUGUUAAGGCUUACUUGGAAGAAAAUAAUAAAAAUUUCUUUCCAAAUCAGUUAUUUAGUUUAGUUUACCUGCUGCAAAAUUAUUAUUUAUUUUUUUUAAAUUUAAUGUGACACUUUGUUACCACUUGGAAACUAAAACAUGUCACAUCGAUGGAAUAAAUAAUUAAUUUAUGGCAGAUUACCUCCAAAGCGCAAUUCUUUCUUUUUUUUUUUUUGCUGCAUUUUUAUCCAUUGAGGUUCCUAAUUUUGUUUAAUUUUACAAAGUUUUGCUUUCUUUCAGUUCUAUCAUGCAUGUGAUGGGAAUAGGCUUGACAGGUACCGUCUCUGCUUUGUUAAGUACGACGUGCUCCAGGCAUGUGAUUUCUUUGGGUCUUCUUGCUCCGUAUGGUUCACCCUGGUAGCAAUGGCUCAGAUAAGGUUUGAUUGGCAUUUUUCAAUUGCUCAUUUUGGUGGAAACGUUUCAAAUGUCUUGGCAUGUGAUCCCCAAGGGUUGUAAUGUUUGUGUUGGCAGCCUCUAGUAUAAUGGUUGUAAUUGAACCACAUAAUAACAUUAUUAGCAAAUUAAGAAAUAUUAACACUUAACAGAGUUAGAGCUUUUAUGAAAAAGGGAUUAUAUUCACAUAUUAAGCUAAUCGCAUAGUUUUAUUGAUAAAUGGACAUUUAGUUUCUAUAUUCAAAUUAUAUAACCCAAAACAUUACCGGGACAAAAAGUAGUGAAUAAAUUGAAAUACAAGCUUUCAUAAUAUAUAUUUAUAUAUUUAUACACAUAUAUAUAUAUAUAUAAAUAUAUAUAAAUAUAUAUAAUAUAUAUAUAUAUACAUUUUAUAUAUCUAUAUCUAUAUAUAUAAAUAUAUAUAUAGCUUGAAUAACAGAUCAAAUCAAAUCUGAAAAGCAUUUGAUAUAACUGGAUGCCUUUGAAUUCUAAGCAGGCACCAGCAUUUGAUUUAUUUAAAAAUCUGUGUGUUACUAAUUUGUUUGUUGUUUUUUUUUUUAAAAAAAAAGGGGAUCUAUUGAACACAGCAAGUGUUUCUAUUCAAGAUAUUAACAAACCCAAAGUUUCAAGGAUAUUUUGUUUUCUCCAUUUUUAAGAAAGCUUAUGCCUCGAAGACCUUCCUGUUACAGAAAUAUUGAACACUGCCAUAUCACACAUUCAGGCCCAUUUAGGACAUAAUAUAUAUUAGGCAUUUAAUUGGUGGUCUGGAUGGCAAUGGGUUAAAAUAUUUAAGCUGACAUCGGAAUCUUCCAAUUUAAUACAUAUUUUAUUUUAUUUUCGCUGCAAAUGCUCAAAUUUUUUAUUUUGUGUGUGUGUGUGUGUUUAUGUGAUUCAAAAAAUAAUAAACAAUUCCUCUUGUCAAUAUCUGGAAGACGGAAAAGGUAAGAGAAACAACUGUACUAAACAAUCUCUGAUUUGUUCAUCUUAUGUCUUCUCAAGCAUUUGGCUUUGUACAAAUAACAAGACUUAUUGUAAUGCAGACUAUAAAUCAUACUAAUGUGCUUGUACUAACAUCUGGUUCUUCAGGUUGUUAUGGAUUACUCGUGUGCUACAGAUCAUAGGUCCCUUUGGUAUACUGAUUGGAAUUAUUUAUGAUAGAACCAGUAUAUGUGUAAUUGCUGUUCCUCUUUUAAGUGGCCUGUUAGUUACAUCUGUGUCAUGGGUGAGUUAAAUAGGUUUUUAAUUAGUUCAGUAAAAUAAAAAAGAUGAAUAAAUUACUCUAAAGAAGACAGUAGUUUAUUUAAUAAAAUAAUAUAGUGUGUCAGAUUGUAAGAAUAAUAGUAUUUUUACCCACUGACAAUGUACAUUAGCAAAUUGCCGGUGAGCCGUCCAUCUAAAUUAAAGCUCUUAAUGCGCUCCUCCUCCCCCUGCACCCCCAGCCUGAAAAGUCCCCAAACUAUCGAGCCACAAAGCGUCACAUUGGAGAUCUCCCUUUGCUAGGACAGCCUCCCGCCCAUACCCACUCGACUGACUAAUCACAGGGGCCAUCUCAGCUUAAGGACAUCAGGUCGGUUGGUGACGCUGCUCUCACAAUGCCAGCAGUCGACCUUCACAAGAGUUGGGAUUGUGCACUUGCGUCCUCAUAUCUCCCCCCUGCCCAACCCAGAGAAGCGUCAGACGCCCUCUAAAACGGAUUUCUACAGUGGGUUUCUACCUCAGAAAUAGUUGGCUAAGUAGCUGGCACGAAACGUUUGCCUACUAAGAGCCUCCUCAACGGCUGUUUUAAAAUAGAUUCAUCGGCAUGAGGUCACCAUUAUCCGCCUCAUAUCCAUUAGCGGCAACCAGUUAUCAUGAUCCCUACGCUGUUUCUACAGUUGUAUCAAUUUACAUAUGUCCACAGCUGGUAGUAGCACUGUAGUUGCUACCAUCUUUGGCAGAUACCUUGUAUGCCCCUUGUCUGCCCACGCAAUGCUGAGUUUGUUACCUGGGUAUCAAUAAGGGGGCUACAGGGUAGGUAGCAGUGUCUCUGUAGGUGGCAUGCCACUACUGACAUGUCGACCAGAGCCCCAGGAACUUUUCUUUUUUUUUUUUAAUUAACCCACUAAGCUCCACUAAUGAGUAUCCUUGGAUGUCUCUCUUGGUGCUUAACACAUUAACUAUCAAAGCUUCAAUGAUUUAACACAACAUCCUUGUAUCGUAUUCCAACCAUACACUUAAAAAUAUAGUUGCCUAGUCUUUCAUAUUGCUAAAUACUCAAUGUAUUUUUGUGAAGGGACUGACGCAAUUACCAACUUGCAUUACAAUACAAUUGUAACAAUGUCAUCUGAUUCAGCAAGCUUAACUGCUUUUAAUGCAUUUGUUGUUUGGUAAAGGGUCUUGACUAUGUUGUUUGGUAAUUUUUUAACAGUCAUUUAACCUUAACCCCUUUCUAUCAUAAUUACAGCACACAAGAAUAGCACAAAUAAAAUUUUUGUUUUUAUUCUCAAAAUUAUUACAAGAGACACAUAUUAGUGUAAGUCAAUGACCAAGGCUCGUGUGAGACUUAAGACACAGAGUAGUGUAAGUCAAUGACCAAAGCUGGUGUAAUACUUAAGACACAGAGUAGUGUAAGUCAAUGACCAAGGCUGGUGUAAGACUUAAGACACAGACUAGUAUAAGUCAAUGACUUAGUGUGGGGUAUAAGACUUAAGACACAGACUAUUAUAAGUCAAUGAUCGAGGCUGCUGUAAGACUUAAGACACAGACUAGUAUAGGUCAGUGACUUAAGAUGGUGUAAGAUCAUUUAAAUAUGUCACAUGCAAACAAGUGGAAGGGUAUUCAAAUAUAAUAUAAUUUUUUGUGUGGAUGUAAUACAGUUGCCCAUAACAGAAAAAACAAAAGUUUGAAUAUUUUUAUUAUUAUGCCCUCAAAAAUAGAACUGUUUGGAAGCAGCCCUUGCAAUUAUGCAGUCUGCCUUAGAUUUAUCUUGUAACUUAUAGCUUUUUAAAACAGCAUGAAAGUCAAAUUUAAAAAAACAACUUUUUUUUGUACAAUGCACUCUUGAUUUUCAUUAUGCAAUCUGAACUAAAUUAAUUGACCUUUGCGUCAACAGGGUGUAAAAAUGUAUCAAAGGAAACGACUCUACCCAACUUGGCGGCGUUAUGUUUUCUUCUUGCUGCCGGGUGUGAUACUGGCUGUGACUGGCGGAGCUCUUUUUGCCUUCUUGGAGACGGCAGGGAACUACAAGUAUUUGCACAGUCUCUGGCACGUCUGUGUUGCCUCCUGCAUAUGUUUUCUGCUGCCACCAAAUCAACCAUCACAUGAUGGUAAGUCUCUCGUUUCACUGGAGCCACUUGGGGUUUCAUGAAGAAAAAAAGUAAAAGUAUCUUAAUGUUGAAAUAUAAACAACAAAAAAAAAAACACUUGAAGAUAAGAUAAGAUAUUGAUCCAAAAUAAAAAUGGAAUUUUUAAAAAAAUUUAUUACAUUGUACAUAUACAUUUUCAACACAUAAAUAAAUAGACAUUUUAAUAAAGUCACAUUUUCACACGUUCCAACUAAAAACAAUUUAAGCACAAGACAUCUACAUUAAAUUGUUUCGCUAGUGUUCCUGCAGUAAUUUCAGCGUUACAACAAUAAAUAAAGGGCACAUUGAGAUUGUAAUUUCUGAGUUUGCAGUAAUACAACCGAAAGUAAUGUAUUAACUCGAUGUGAUUACAUGUAACCUUAGAUGUAAGGAAACUUUUUGAAUAAAACUCUUUAUUAGAAAAAGCAUUAGCGUGUUUAGGGUGAAGUAUUGAAAUAAAGAAGAAUUAAUCAUGUUUGUGUUUGGAAUCCUUAAAACAUCAAAUUAUUCUUGAGCAGCAAGAAGGCUACUUAAGUGUUUUGAACAUGACUGUUAUCAUAAUUAAGUCUGCCUCUGUUUCUUGUGUCAGCGUGCUCUAUGGAUGUGGAGUCGGAAGAGUUGAGUAUUUAA